ACUUGUAUGUGUCGUCAUCAAUCUGCGCCGGGUGGAAAACGUGUGCAGUGGAGUAAAAAAAAAAAAGAGGCUGAAGUGUGUUUCCACGUGAAGAAGUGGAGACAUGGCGGCGCUACAAGAACCAGAAAUCCAGUUCGCUCAAAGAUUGGCUUCCAACGAGAAGCCGAUUCGAUCCAAGGCCAUAAAGAAGCUGAGGAAAUACAUCAUCGUCAGGUCCCAUAAGAGUAAAGGUGGGUUUAGCAGUGAGGAGCUACUGAAGCUAUGGAAGGGGCUGUUCUACUGCCUGUGGAUGCAGGAUAAACCACUCCUACAGGAGGAGCUUUCAAAUCAGAUCUCAAGUCUGUUUCACUGCUUCCAAAGCGCAGAUGGCCAGUUUUUGUAUCUGGAAGCCUUCCUGCAGACUGUCAAAAGAGAAUGGACUGGCAUCGACAGGUUACGAAUGGACAAGUUCUACCAACUGGUGCGUUUUGUAUUCAGGCAGACGUUUGAGAUGCUGAAGAAGAGGGAGUGGGAGGCCAGCUUGGUCAACAGAUUCUUGGAGAUGCUGACCUCCCAGGUGCUUCAGGGCAAUGGCACAGCACCUUCUGGCCUGCAGUACCACAUCCUGGACCUCUACCUGACGGAGCUGGCACGGGUCGGCUCAGACGAGCUCAGUGCCGAGCAAAAUCUCACCCUCAUCAUUCCCUACUGCAAAAUUGUGGCCAAAACCAAGGACAACACCCUGUUCAAGGCCAUCUGCAACAGCAUCUUCAGCACCAUCAUUGACCAGGCUCCCUUCGCCAUCGAGGACCUGUUCAGGGAGAUGAAGUCCGCUGAGCACUCGGACUCCGACUCUGGUCAUGCCGACCAAGAUGAUGAUGAAGAGGAGGAAGAGAAGAUCAAGGGCCAACCUGUUGGAAAGAAAUCCAAAGAGAAACCAAAGGGGAAACGGCUCAAUGGAACUAAAUCAAAGGUAGACGAGGAGGAGGAGGAUGAUGGUCAGUCGUCGGAGAUCUCGGACACAGAGCUUCCCGACGAUGAAGGAUCAGAACCUGUGCUGCAGUUUGACUACGCUGCCCUGGCAGACAAGCUGUUUGAGUUUGCAAGUCGAGGAAACUCCCCGAGCCACAACAGGCAAAGACUUUACAAAAUUAUCAAAAUACUGCGGGACCUGAGUGAAGGGGUCUUUCCUCAGGACGAUUACCCUGAGGAGGUCUCCACAGAUGAGGACGAUGAAAUGUUCGGCAGUAGGAAGAGGUUGAAGAGGAAGAGUCGUAGGCAGGCGGAUGAAGAAGAAGAGGAGGAGGAGGAGGUCCCCACAGCGAAAAAGAAGAAAAAGAGCGGGAAGAAAACGGAGUCCAUCAACGGAGAGAACAAUCAGAACUCUGUGAAGGACGAUGUGGAACCCACUAAGAAGAAGAGGAAGAAGAAGAAAAAGAAGGCGGGCGGCGAUGCAGCUGAGGUCGCCGGGGUUGAGGCGAAGGUGGCCGCCGGGGUUGAGGCGAAGGUGGCCCAGGUGGCAACACAGGCCGUCAAAGAAGACCCAUUAGAACAGUCUCCAGCUCCGGUAGAAGCAGCUGACCAAUUGGAUCCUCCGGCUACAGGGGACGGCGAUAGCGAGUCUGUAAAAACCUCGUCCCAAAGAGGGAAGAAGAGGAAAAAGUCUAUCACUGCUGUGAAGCCAAAGAGCCAAGCAGGGGAGCAAUUGCUACCACCAGCAGCAGCAGCUCCCAAGGAGGGAGAGGGCGGUGUGGGGACCGCCGAGCCAGGGUGCGCCCCUGCUGUUGAACCAGCCACCUUGACCCACCAGAAUGAGGACAGUCUUGUUGUCGUGGCUGUUGCUGAGGAAGCGGAGGCCACACCCAUCCCGCUCGUUGAGACGGCGGUAGACUUGACAGGCGACAUGGUUGAAACUAAGCCGCCGAAAAAGGUGAAUAAACGUCGAUCACGCAAAUCCCUGACGACGCGCACCCCGGUGGAGGAAGCCCAGACAGAAACCGCUGAAACCACGAUCCUGGAGGCGGCCGCGGAGACACCGGCCAAGAAGGCCGCGGAGACAUCGGCCAAGAAGGCCGCGGAGACAUCGGCCAAGAAGGCCGCGGAGACAUCGGCCAAGAAGGCCGCGGAGACAUCGGUGACACCGGCCAAGAAGGCCGCGGAGACAUCGGUGACACCGGCCAAGAAGGCCGCGGAGACAUCGGUGACACCGGCCAAGAAGGCCGCGGAGACAUCGGUGACACCGGCCAAGAAGGCUGCGGUGACAUCGGCCAAGAAGGCCGCAGUGACACCGGCCAAGAAGAAGCAGAAGCAGAAGGUAUUGGCAGUAGAGGUCGAAGGUCAGGCGGAGAGUGAGGCUGUCGGCGACCCAAAGCAACCCACAAAAGACUUGGUGACUCCAAAAAAGAUCAAGAAAAACGACGGCAAACAGGAAGCAGAAUCUCCCGCCGAUGACAUCAUUGAUGUCAUCACGCCGGCACCAAAGAGGAAGAAGAAGGUAAAGGCCUGCGUGAAAAAGGAGGCCUCUGAACCGACGGCAGCCGAACCCAGCCCGGACCAAAUGGCACCACUGGUCGCAGCAGCAACGACGGCCUCAAAGAAGAAACUGAAGAAGGAGAGAGCACCAGCCGAGGAAGUCGUAGAGGUCCAGGAGACUCCUGCGACCCCUCUGUCCCAGAAGAAGAAGAAGAGGAAGAUCCCGGUGACGUUUGAGUUUGAGGCGGACGAGGUGGAGGUGGAGGCGGCCGCGAGCCUCAACGGCCUUGCCAGCAAGAAGAAGAGCAAGCUGCAGAACGGUGCUGUGGAGACUCCCUCGACCCCUCUGAGCUCCACCAAGUCCCCCGGGAAGAAGCCCAAGAGCCCAGGCAAGGCACUCAUCAGCUUCCAGAAGAAGACCAUCAUCCCCGCGCCCCUCUUCUUUAAGACCAAGGGGACCCCCGGCAUGCCGCGCUCCAAGAAGCCCCAGACUCCAAAAUCAGAGGCCAAGAAGGUGACCUUUGGCCUCAAGAACAACAAGACAGCAGAGUUCAGGAAGUCAGACCGCAGCCUGCUGCUGAGCCCGGAGGGGCCGUCGCGAGUGCCUUUCGACCCCACACAGAAACCCAAGUUUGGGGUGUUGAAGAGUCCAGCUCCAACGUCUCCGAUGGUCUUCAGGAAGACCCCCAAACCCAGCAAGAAAUCCCCCAAUGGUACCCCCAACCGGAGACCCACGGCCGACGACUUUUUCUAGGCUGUUGUACGGAUGUUUCUGUUCCCGGUGUAUACAUUCUAAACGAUAGAAAAAUUGUGUAUUAAGAUGACCUUGUUAACGUUUAUAAUGUCCUAUGCCUACAUUUUAAUAAAGCAUUUAUGUUCUGUUUUAUUGAA